AAGUGCUUUCCACCACAUUACCUGAACAAACGAAGGAAGCCCGUCAUCAUGGACGAAAUAAAACCUCGCCGGUUGACCAAGAAGCCCCCAGGAACUGGAUCGGGAUCUGGUUCUGGUUCUGCAUCAUCCGAAAACUACGCCAACUGGUCCUCCAACAAUCUCGCGAGAGCACCGUCCGCGCCCACAGCACCCUACAAACCAUCGCAUGGGCACAAUCGAUCUACAACAUCGCCCAAUCCCACCACAUACGCCUCAUCCAACUCUUCUCUCGAGCAUCAGAUAUCAAACCAUCCGUCCCCAGUUCUGGCGGGGCCGUCCGACUCUGCGCGCCACACUGGCAAUCGCAGUUCCGCGUCGCGUCCCCUCAGCCAAAAGACAUCACAGGAGUUGAUUGGCGCGCCGUUCGAUGGUUUUGGCAUCUUGAACCAUAUCACCAGCAUCGAUUCUUCUUCCCAGCAAACCAGCUAUCAGGCACCACGACGGCCUCCACCUCCGCCCCUCUCCCACAGCACUGGCCCCCUAAUGAGUCCUGCUCUUCGACAAUCGGCGAGUUUCUCUGCGAUGAGUGAGAAGACCAGCCCCCGCGUCGGGGAGAACGUCCUUAUCAGCCCAAAGAGAUAUUCCGAUGAGACCAGGGAGCCCAAGAAUGGCAUGAUCAGAAAGAAGUCGGGCUUCUCAAGUCUCAUGAACCAAAUGGGUCUUGGAUCGCGGACAGGAGUAAAGAUAUCUGCGCCAGAGAACCCCGUGCAUGUGACGCAUGUUGGUUAUGAUCAGGACACCGGUCAAUUUACUGGACUACCGAAAGAAUGGCAGCGAAUGCUGAACGAUAGUGGGAUCACCAAGAAGGAGCAGGAGCAACACCCGCAGACUAUUGUCGAUAUCGUAGGAUUUUACAAGGAGAACACCGAGAAAGGCCCAGAUGAAGUAUGGGACAAGUUCGACCAUGCAAAUGUACCAGAGAUGCGAGUAGGACCUUCUACACCUACCCCUCUGUCACCAAAUAUGCUCAACACCCCCAACUAUGGAUCCAUGACAAGUCCGCCUCCGAGCCCCCGGUUUCCCGCGAACCAUGAGACAAGUUUUGAAAAUCCAAGAUCCCCUCCUCCUGUACCUCGCGGCACACUUCAAAACCAGGGUCAAAGCCAAGGCGCUGGACUAGCCCUACAACCUAAAGAUGCCAACGGUCUUGUCCCAAAUCGCCCAGCUCCGAGGCCACCAGUCUCACUCCAUGGCCCUACGAGAGUUGCACCUCCACCACCUAUGAUGGGCAAAGAUUCUGGAAUAUCGAUGCCUCGCCAAAGUGAAGAUCUGCCAGCAUUAGCUUAUAUUCCACCCCAGUCAGAUGCAUCGCCUAUGCUUCCGGAAGAACACAGGUCACGUUCUAAUUCACGAGCAAACGGUACAUCUCCAUAUGCAUCCCCAAAUCAAGUUAAUUCUCCACAAGCUGCAUAUCAACACCAGGUGGUAGAGCAACCGCGGCAGCAAGGAGGACACCAGCAAGCGCAGCAGCCACAGCUAGGACGUGCUCCAAGCAAACGCGUACCCCAAGCUACUCCGCCAAGUAUACAAGGUCAACUUCCACGUCCUGAUCUCAAUGGCAUUCCACAUCCUAGUCAACAAGCAAGAGCUGUUCCUGGCCCUCGUCCAAGGCAACGGCCUCGCCAGAGCACUGGAUUCGAUAUUGUGGCUCGCCUGAAUCAAAUCUGUACCGAAGGAGAUCCUAGAGAAAUCUACAAUGAUCUGACAAAGAUUGGCCAAGGUGCCUCGGGAGGUGUGUUCACUGGCUACGAGAGAGGGACAAACCGUUUGGUCGCUAUCAAACAGAUGAACCUGGAGCAGCAGCCGAAGAAGGACCUAAUCAUUAAUGAGAUUCUCGUUAUGAAAGACAGUUCUCACCCGAAUAUUGUCAACUUCAUUGACAGUUAUUUGGUAACUGGAGAACUGUGGGUUAUUAUGGAAUACAUGGAGGGAGGAAGCUUGACUGAUGUUGUAACUUUCAACAUCAUGUCUGAAGGCCAAAUUGCUUCUGUUUGCCGAGAGACUUUGAAAGGCUUGCAACAUCUGCACUCCAAGGGUGUAAUCCAUCGUGAUAUCAAGUCGGAUAAUAUCCUCCUUUCUUUGGAUGGAAAUAUUAAGCUGACUGAUUUUGGCUUCUGUGCACAAAUCAAUGAAGCUCAAAACAAGCGGACUACCAUGGUUGGCACACCAUACUGGAUGGCACCAGAAGUCGUGACCCGGAAAGAGUAUGGACGGAAGGUUGAUAUCUGGUCGCUGGGCAUCAUGGCCAUCGAGAUGAUAGAAGGCGAACCACCAUACCUCACAGAGUCGCCACUCCGAGCUCUCUAUCUGAUUGCUACGAAUGGUACACCAACAAUCAAGGACGAGCAUACGCUCACUCCGGUUUUCAGAGACUUCCUGCAGUUCGCAUUAAAGGUUGAUCCAGAGAAGAGAGCAAGCGCCCAUGAUCUUUUACGACACAAUUUCAUGCAACAAUGCACAGACUUGAUCCAACUAGCACCCCUCGUCCGCUCGGCGAGAACCGCACGCGCACAAGAGAAGGCUCAGAAAGCCGCUUCAUAA